AUGAUUCUAGACGGAUUCUGUCUUGAAAUUCUUGUAAAAGGUCGUCCUCUUCCAGAGAUAGCACAACCUAUUACAACUCUGGAUGUACCUGUUCCACAUGCCGGUGUGCAAUUUUCUAUUAGAUUCUCCUCAACUAAAGCAACACCACAUGAUCCUAUAAUGGCUUUCAUAGUUGUAGAUGGUCAAUUAGAUUACCGAUAUAUCGAGCUUUACAAUUCUGUUUAUAGCGAUUCUUCACAAACAAUUUCUUACGGUGGAAUUGGAGCUAUCUCAGUUUACUUUUAUAGAGCUACCCCAGUUUUUGAACUUGUUGGAGAAAUUCCAAACUUCCAAUUACAUCAAAAGAUUUUACCUGAAAGGAAAACAAUGGCGUCAAUUGGACUUUCUACCACUUUUCAACCAAUGUGGGUUCCUGACAAUAUGAUGCCUAAUGUUAAUUUUCUUAGGCCAAGAUCUAAUUCUCCAAUAGCAGUUCUUCAUCUACAUUAUCGUCCAGCUUCAUCAGUAAUCUUAACAUCAGGUGUCAUCCAGCCUGAAGUCAAGGUGAAGCAAGAAGUUAUUGAGGAUAGGAAUUUACUUUCUGAAGAAUCUGGUAGUGAAAUUGAUUUCUCACCACUUGAACACACUUCUAGUUUAAAGAAUAGUGAUAAUAAUUCACCUACCUUGAAAGUUGGAUUACAUAAUGAUAUGCAAGAGCAUUUCAUAGAAGGAUACAUUAAGUUGGAAGAGAACGCACAAAAAUUUUUGGUAAACGGAAAAAUCGAAGUCUCAAAUUAUGAUUCCAAUCAACUUGAAGCACAAGAAACAGAAACUACCUUUAAUGAUGAAAAAGUAGGAAAAAUAAAAUUCGAAGUUUCUAAUUCAUCAACACCAAAAGUGAUCGGCAUUUACGUGGAAACGGAAACGGAAACUUAA